UCUAUCGCCGCGGGGGAGGAGGGCGCCGCCGCCUUCACCGUGGGGGCGAGAUGAGGGACCUCCGCAUCCUUCUACUAAUCCUAGUGAUAUCUCUGCCUUCCUUCUCCGCGUCUGACCGCCAAGGAGAUGCCUUGUAUGAUAUGAAGCAAAAACUGAAUGCUUCUGGCAGCCAGCUUUCUGACUGGAACCCAAAUCAAGUUAACCCUUGCACAUGGAAUUCUGUGAUUUGUGAUAGUAACAAUAAUGUUGUUACAGUAACAUUGGCUGCACGUGGAUUCGCUGGAGUUUUGUCACCAAGAAUUGGAGAACUCGAGUAUUUGACUGUCCUGUCAUUGGCCGGUAACAGGAUUACAGGUGGCAUACCACAGCAGUUUGGUAAUCUUUCUAGUUUGACAAGCUUAGAUUUAGAAGGCAAUCUUUUGGGUGGAGAAAUACCAGCUUCUCUUGGUCAGCUUUCUAAGCUCCAGCUGUUGAUACUGAGUGAAAAUAAUUUCAAUGGGCCAAUACCUGAGAGCCUAGCAAAAAUCUCAAGCUUGACUGACAUUCGGCUGGCGUCCAAUAAUCUGUCUGGACAGAUACCUGACCCUCUGUUCCAUGUAGCACGUUACAACUUUUCAGGUAAUCACUUAAACUGUGGUGCCAACUUGCCCCUCCCCUGUGCGUCCAACAUAUCCUAUCCGAGUGGCUCCCAUAGCUCAAAAGUUGGAAUCAUACUUGGCGCAGUUGGAGGACUAAUAGGACUUCUGAUUGUAGUGGUUCUUUUCCUUUUCUGUAAGGGAAGGAAGAAAAGACAUCUACGUGAAGUUUUUGUGGAUGUUCCGGGUGAGGAUGAUCGACGAAUUGCAUUUGGCCAGCUCAAAAGAUUUGCCUGGCGGGAACUACAAAUCGCAACUGAUAGUUUCAGUGAAAAAAAUGUUCUUGGGCAGGGAGGUUUUGGGAAAGUCUACAAAGGAGUUCUUCCAGAUGGAACAAAGAUUGCUGUAAAACGGUUGACUGAUUAUGAAAGGCCUGGUGGGGAGGAUGCUUUCUUGCGCGAGGUGGAGCUAAUUAGUGUUGCAGUUCACCGGAAUCUCCUAAGGUUGAUUGGCUUCUGCACGACACAAACAGAACGCCUUCUGGUGUAUCCAUUUAUGCAGAAUUUGAGUGUUGCCUACCGCGUACGAGAAUUUAAGGCUGGAGAACCCAUCUUAGACUGGUCAACAAGAAAACGGGUGGCCAUAGGUACAGCACGUGGACUUGAAUAUCUACAUGAACACUGCAACCCCAAGAUCAUACACCGUGAUGUGAAAGCUGCGAACGUCUUGCUCGACGAGUAUUUUGAACCUGUUGUUGGUGAUUUUGGCCUUGCGAAGCUAGUGGAUGUGCAGAAGACAUCGGUGACAACCCAAGUCCGUGGAACUAUGGGUCACAUAGCACCUGAGUAUCUCUCUACAGGGAAGUCGUCUGAAAGGACGGAUGUUUUUGGUUAUGGGAUAAUGCUUCUUGAGCUCGUGACUGGCCAGCGUGCCAUUGAUUUCUCACGCUUGGAGGAAGAAGAAGAGGUUCUAUUGCUCGAUCAUGUAAAGAAACUAGAGAGAGAAGGGCAGCUAGGCUCUAUUGUGGACCGCAACCUGAGCCAGGAUUAUGAAGGGGAGGAGGUUGAGAUGAUGAUACAGAUAGCAUUGUUGUGCACACAGGCAUCUCCGGAGGACCGUCCGUCGAUGUCUGAAGUUGUUCGGAUGCUGGAAGGCGAGGGGCUGGCAGAGCGGUGGGAAGAGUGGCAGCAGGUGGAGGUGACGAGGAGGCAGGAUUACGAACGGAUGCAGCGGCGUUUCGACUGGGGCGAGGACUCCAUGCACAACCAGGAGGCAAUAGAGCUGUCUGGAGCUAGAUGAUUAGUACUAGCAUCGUCGUCGCCUGUAGAGUUAGAUACCAGAUAGAGAUAUGGUCAUCGAGGGCUACUCCGGUGCUCCCCCUAAACUAAGUUGAAGGGUCAUAGUUGUUUUGGGUCCGCCGAAACCCAUAUCUAGCUCUUAUAUAUCUGUUUGUAUUGAUACGGUAUGUAUAUGUCACGUAAGAAAAAAGAAGAGGUCACAUGAGCAAGAUCUUUAUAGGACCUUUCUAUUUCGGUACACACACGUGACUGUAGAUACGUACAAAACAAGGUACAACACAGCACGGACUGUACAGAACUGUACGGAUGGUGGAUCUACACUGAAAUUACGAUCGUGUCCCCACUUUAAACAUGUAUGAAAAGAUCUUCACCGUUGUUGUGUU